UCGGCAGAGAUGACCGCUCCGCCGCUCAAAUCUGCGCGCUCCGCUUUCAACUACAGCUGUUUUAUCGCUCGCCUCAAGUUACUAUCGCCGCGAAGAACUCGCCCUCGUACCCACGCCGUCUCCUUCGCGUCAUCGAAAAAGUGAGGCACUACCCGCCCGCGCGGGGCUCCUUUCUUCUCAGUGGACCGAACUAUGAGCUCCAAAAACACGUGCCUUCUUCAAGAACCGGAGCCUUCGGGGGAUUGGGACUUGGAGGACGUCUGCACCGUGCUGGGUGCGAUUUCGCUGCUGCUGGUGGGGGUGGUUGGCAUGCCGCUCUGCUUCUACUGGGACAGCCGCUGCGUGCUGCUCACGAUCGGCUCGCUCGUGGCGCUGUGCAUCAUGGCGCGCGUGGUGCACGAGCGCCGUGCCGCAGCCCACCACGUGCGGCACCGCUGGCUCUCGCUCACCACCUCGUUCUUGGUCCAGCACAGCCCGCAGGAGAGAGAGCCCCUCACCUCUUCCAGGGUCGCCUACAGUGUCUGAACUUCGACCGCCACCUUGCCUCGUCGGUAGCCUUCAACGGGGUGCAAGGGUUUGCCCCCCUUGCAACAGCCCCCGAUUUCUCUCGUUCGGAAAAGUGCUGGUGAAGGACUGGCAGAACGGACUUCGCUGUGACUGGAGCCUUUCGAUAUUUCAGCAUUAGCCUGUUGCUCUGCUAGAGGUAACAGCCCUGUACAGUGGCGCUAUAGAGCGCAUCAUAUAUUUCACAUGCCGUGAUGGGCGAUUCCACACACUCAUCUGCCUAUGGUCAGAGCUGCUUCUCUUUCUUUUUCAAAUCUUCACAACUCGUCUUUUAGUCUAAGGAGUGCCUCAAAACAUGCAAAGGUAUAGAAGACGAAAACGGGAGGAAGUAUGCAACUCCACUGCUUCUUCAGCACUCAAUGAGUGCUUAUUUUGUGAACCUUCCAUGGAGAUAUGCAGUACCUGGCCGUCUCGAGGUACAUUUCUACACAGAGCGUUCGCAUUUCAUUCCCUACGAACCAAAGCUUUGUCCUGUUGUUGACCACACAACUUAGCGGUUCUGUUUUAGACUUCAUUUAUGUGUCGCGGCUGCUCUGGAUACAUACACAAUAAAUCAUGCAUUACAUAAUCGCCAUCAUUUUGUGACGGCUUCUCAGUCUUCGCUCACACGCUUGAAAGCCGCACUUGUGGCAAUUUUCGUUUCACUUCGAAAAAAAUUGUCUGUUUGCACUGAGCUCUGCCCGUAGAUAUUUAUUGCGAGCAUUUUAAGUUUUACCUGAUUUUAAUUCGGAAAACACUUCUGCGCCUCUCCUUGUCACGUGUUACUGAUAUAUACGAAAUAAAAAUAAGCGGGAGAGGGUAGAAACGGAGAAAUAAAGUUAUAGGUUUUAUUUUGCCA